UUUGGGAGAUACCCAGGUGGGCCAAGACGAGGUUCAGUUCGGCUAGAGAAAGGACGGUCCAGACCCAGUCUCCCCCACUUUGGUGGGCCAAGAGGAAGCUACAUUUUCUCACAAGAUAGACUGAACACACUCUUGCUUGCUCUGGUGGACCAAAUGAACUAGUUGUGGCAGCGCGACGAUGGGGGGGACUAAGCCAUUUCUGCUGCUGGUUCUCGCCGUAGCCGCCUAUGGGCGGAGUAUGGACGAGCCUCACCUGAAACCUGGAGGUAGGACUGCCAAGAUGACUCCAAUAUGGCGGCAGAGCUCCGGCGUGGGUUCCGUCAAGAACUUGCGAACUGCCGGGGGCAACAUGCUAACUAAGCUGGCUCUUCUGCCGUGCACCGAAGAGGGCUUCUUUCCCCAGCCCGGUUCCUGCCACAACUUCUAUCGCUGUGUCGACUGGACGGGCACCAAGAAGCGUUUCUCUGUCUUUCGUUUCAAUUGUCCUUUCGGUACCGUCUUUGACGACGAUCUUGACAUCUGCAACCAUCCGAAAGCCGUUAAGAACCCGCCCGAGUGUUCGGGGGCCGCCGCUAAUCUGCCUCUGCCAGAACCUCCUGGCACAGAUCAGUCAGGAGGCACUGUGGGUACCGGAGGUUCUGCAGGAGGUCCAGGAAGUGGUGGAUACCCUGGGAGCACUGGAGGCUCUGGAGGCGUUGGAGGUUCUGGAAGACCUGGAGGCCCUGGAAGUGGUGGAUAUCCAGGGACGACUGGAGGCCCUGGCGGCUUAGGAGGCCCAGGAAGCUCUGGAGGUGUUGCAGGACCUGGAAGUGCCGGAAGCCCAGGAGGUGCUGGUGGUGGUGGAAGUGGUGGAUAUCCUGGAGGCUCUGGAGGCGUUGGAGGUUCUGGAGGCCCUGGAGGACCUGGAAGCCCUGGAGGCCCUGGAGGAUCUGGAAGCACUGGAGGCUCUGGAAGUGGUGGAUAUCCCGGGGGCACUGGAGGCCCUGGGAGUGUCGGAGGCCCAGGAGGUGUUGGUGGUGGUGGAAGUGGUGGAUAUCCUGGUGGCACUGGAGGCUCUGGAGGCGUUGGAGGUUCUGGAAGACCUGGAGGCCCUGGAAGUCCCGGAGGCCCUGGAAGCCUCGGAGGCCAGGGGAGUGGUGGAUAUCCUGGUGGCACUGGAGGCUCUGGAGACGUUGGAGGUUCUGGAGGACCUGGAAGCCCUGGAAGACCCGGAGGCCCUGGAAGCCUCGGAGGCCAGGGGAGUGGCGGAUAUCCUGGUGGCACUGGAGGCGUUGGAGGUUCUGGAGGCCCUGGAAGCCUCGGAGGCCUUGGAAGCCCUGGAGGCCCUGGAAUCCCCGGAAGCUCUGGAAGUGGUGGAUAUCCCGGGGGCACUGGAGGCCCUGGCGGCGUAGGAGGCCCUGGAAGCUCUGGAAGUGUCGGAGGCCCAGGAGGUGUUGGUGGUGCUGGAAGUGGUGGAUAUCCCGGUGGCGGAGGAGGCCCUGGAAGCCCUGGAGGCCCUGGAAGUGUCGGAGGACCUGGCGGCGUUGGAGGCCCUGGAACUCCUGGAGGCGUGGGUGGCAGUGGACUAGGAGGAAUCGGAGGACUAGGAGGUGUUGUAGGACCUGGAGGCGGUGGUGGCCAUGGGAGUGUUGGAGGGCCAGGUGCAGGUGGAUACCCUGGGAGCGUUGGAGGUCCAGGAGGUGUUGGAGGUCCUGGAAGUGUCGGAGGUGUUGGUGGCCCUGGAAGUGUCGGAGGUGUUGGUGGAUCUGGAAGUGGGGGAUACCCUGGAGGCGGUGGAUACCCUGGAGGCGGUGGAUAUCCUGGAGGUGGUGGAUACCCUGGAGGCGGUGGAUACCCUGGAGGCGGUGGAUACCCUGGAGGCAGUGGAUACCCUGGAGGAGGCGGAUACCCUGGAGGCGGCGGAUAUCCUGGAGGUGGCGGAUACCCUGGCAGCGUAGGUGGAGCUGGAGUUGGAGGUCCUGGAGGGGCGGGAGGAACUGGUGGCGCUGGAAGCACUGGAAACAUUCCAGACUCGGAAAGCAGUGGCGUCAUUCCUGGAAACGUUGUUGUUGGAGGUGCUGGAACACCUGGAGUCAUUCCAGGACCUGGAUUACCUGGAGGAAGUGGAACAUCUGGAGGUCCUGGAUGGCCUGGAAGUACAGGAUUGCCUGGAGGAGCUGGAAUCCCUGGAGGUAUAGGAAUACCUGGAGGCACUGGCACUCCUGGAGGACCUGGCACGCCUGGAGGACCUGGCACGCCUGGAGGUCCUGGAACCCCCGGAGGCCCUGGAACGCCUGGUGGUCCUGGAGCACCUGGAGGCCCUGGAACGCCUGGAGGACCCGGAACACCUGGAUUGCCUGGAGGUCUUGGAACGUCUGGAGUACCUGGAACGCCUGGAGGUCCUGGAACACCUGGAGGUCCUGGAACGCCUGUAGGGCCUGGCACGCCUGGAGGUCCUGGAACACCCGGAGGCCCUGGAACGCCUGGUGGUCCUGGAGCACCUGGAGGUCCUGGAACGCCUGGAGGACUUGGAACUCCUGGAUUGCCUGGAGGUCUUGGAACGCCUGGAGUACCUGGAACACUUGGAGGUCCUGGAACACCUGGAGGUCCUGGAACGCCUGGUGGUCCUGGAAGCCCUGGAACGCCUGGUGGUCCUGGAAGCCCUGGAACGCCUGGUGGUCCUGGAGCACCUGGAGGUCCUGGAACGCCUGGAGGACCUGGAACAUCUGGAUUGCCUGGAGGUCUUGGAACGCCUGGAGUACCUGGAACGCCUGGAGGUCCUGGAACACCUGGAGGUCCUGGAACGUCUGUAGGACCUGGCACGCCUGGAGGUCCUGGAACACCCGGAGGCCCUGGAACGCCUGGUGGUCCUGGAGCACCUGGAGGUCCUGGAACGCCUGGAGGACCUGGAACUCCUGGAUUGCCUGGAGGUCUUGGAACGCCUGGAGUACCUGGAACGCCUGGAGGUCCUGGAACACCUGGAGGUCCUGGAACGUCUUGGACCUGCACGCUGGAGGUCCUGGACACCGAGGCCCUGGAACGCCUGGUGGUCCUGGAGCACCUGGAGGUCCUGGAACGCCUGGAGGACCUGGAACUCCUGGAUUACCUGGAGGUCUUGGAACGUCCUGGAACGCCUGGUGGUUGGAACCUGAACGCCUGGUGGUCCUGGAAGCCCUGGAACGCUGGUGGUCCUGGAGAACCUGGAGGUCCUGGAACGCCUGGAGGACCUGGAACAUCUGGAUUGCCUGGAGGUCUUGGAACGCCUGGAGUACCUGGAACGCCUGGAGGUCCUGGAACACCUGGAGGUCCUGGAACGUCUGUAGGACCUGGCACGCCUGGAGGUCCUGGAACACCCGGAGGCCCUGGAACGCCUGGUGGUCCUGGAGCACCUGGAGGUCCUGGAGCGCCUGGAGGACCUGGAACGCCUGGAUUGCCUGGAGGUCUUGGAACGCCUGGAGUACCUGGAACACCUGGAGGUCCUGGAACAUCUGGAGGUCCUGGAACGCCUGGUGGUCCUGGAAGCCCUGGAACGCCUGGUGGUCCUGGAGCACCUGGAGGUCCUGGAACGCCUGGAGGACCUGGAACAUCUGGAUUGCCUGGAGGUCUUGGAACGCCUGGAGUACCUGGAACGCCUGGAGGACCUGUCACACCUGGAGGUCCUGGAACGCCUGUAGAACCUAGCACGCCUGGAGGUCCUGGAACACCUGGAGGCCCUGGAACGCCUGGAAGUCCUGGAGCACCUGGAGGUGUUGGAAUACCUGGAAGUACAGGAACACCUGGAGGUCCUGGAAUGCUUGGUGGUCCUGGAACGCCUGGAGGUCCUGGAACACCUGGAGGACCUGGUACGCCUGGAGGUCCUGGAACGCCUGGAAGUUCUGGAAUGCCUGGAGGACCUGGAACACCUGGAUUGCCUGGAGGUCUUGGGACACCUGGAAUACCUGGAACGUCUGGAGGUCCUGGAACACCUGGAGGUCCUGGAGCUAUCGGAGGCCUUGGAAUUCCUGGAAUUGCAGGAGUACCUGGAAGUACGGGAACACCUGGAGUGUCUGAAGGGCCUGGAACGCCUGGAAGUCCUGGAACACCUGGAGGACCUGGUACUCCUGGAGGUCCUGGAACGCCUGGAAGUCCUGGAACUCCUGGAGGACCCGGAACUGCUGGAGGCCUAGGAAUUCCUGGAAGUGUAGGAAUACCUGGAAGUACAGGAACACCUGGAGUGCCUGGAGGAUCUGGAAGACCUGGUACGCCUGGAGGUCCUGGAACUCCUGGAGGUCCUGGAACUCCUGGAACUCCUGGACGACCUGGAACUACUGGAGACCUAGGAAUUCCUGGAAGUAUAGGACUACCUGGAAGUACAGGAACAUCUGGAGGCCCUGGAACACCUGGAAGUCCUGGAACACCUGGAGGCCCUGGAACGCCUGGAAGUCCUGGAACGCCUGGAGGUGUUGGAAUACCUGGAAGUACAGGAACAUCUGGAGGCUCUGGAACGCCUGGUGGUCCUGGAACUGCUGGAGGUUCUGGGACGCCUGGAGGUCCUGGAACGCCUGGAAGACCUGGAACACCUGGAUUGUCUGGAGGUCCUGGAACGCCUGGAGAACCUGGAACGCCUGGAGGACCUGGAACGCCAGGAGGUCCUGGAACGGCUGGAGGUACUGGAACGCCUGGAGGUACUGGAGCACCAGGAAGACCUGGAACACCUGGAGUGCCUGGAGGACCUGGAACGCCUGGAGGUCCUGGAACACCUGGAGGUCCUGGAACGCCUGGAGGAUCUGGAAUACCUGGAGGUGUAGGAGAACCUGGAAGCACAGGAACACCUGGAGUGCUUGGAGGUUCUGGAACGCCUGGAGGACCUGGAACGCCUGGAGGUGCAGGAGUACCUGGAAAUGCAGGAGCACCUGGAGGUCCUGGAACGUCUGGUGGUCCUGGAACUCCUGGAGCGUCUGGAGGUGUAGGAAUACCUGGUGGCACCGGAAUUCCUGGAGUACCUGGUGGUCCUGGAACUCCAGGAGGCUCUGGAACUCCUGGAGGUCCUGGAACUCCUGAAGGUCCUGGAAUUCCUGGAGGUCCUGGAACCCCUGGAGGCUCUGGUACUCCUGGAGGUCCAGGAGCUCCUGGUAGCACCGGGAAUGUCCCUGGGUCAGUACCCAGUAGUGUCACUCCAGGAAAUGUAGUUGUUGGACCCGACACGAAUGGAACCACUGGAACGGAUAGCCUGGCAGGUUCUGGAACACAAGUAAGUUCUGCAAGUGCUGGAGUGUCUGGAAGUGCUGAAAGCCCAGGAAGUGAUGAAAGCUCAGGAAGUGCUGAAAGCCCAGGAAGUGCUGAAACCUCAGGAACCUCUGGAAGUGCUGGAACUUUAGGAACCCCUGGGACUCCUGGAGGUGCUGGAGUCCCUGGAAGUGCUGGAACACCUGGAAGUGCUGGAUUCCCUGGAAGUGCUGGAACCCCUGGAGUUCCUGGAGUUGCAGGAACACCUGGAACCCCUGGAGCACCUGGAGGUGCUGGAUUAGCUGGAAGUGCUGGAACCCCUGGAGUCCCUGGAGGUGCUGGAACACCUGGAACUCCUGGAGCACCUGGAGGUGCUGUAUUAGCUGGAAGUGCUGGAACCCCUGGAGUUUCUGGAGUCCCUGGAGGUGUUGGAACACCUGGAGCACCUGGAAGUGCAGGAACACCUGGAACCCCUGGAGCGCCUGGAGGUGCUGGAUUCCCUGGAGGUGCUGGAACCCUUGGAGGUCCUGGAUUCCCUGGAAGUGCUGGAACCCCUGGAGGUCCUGGAUUCCCUGGAAGUGCUGGAACCCCUGGAGUUGCUGGAAGUGUUGGAACCCCUGGAGUACCUGGAAGUGCUGGAACACCUGGAGGUGCUGGAUUCCCUGGAAGUACUGGAACCCCUGGAGUUCCUGGAGUUCCUGGAGUUCCUGGAGUCCCUGGAGGUGCUGGAACACCUGGAGCAUCUGGAAGUGCAGGAACACCUGGAACCCCUGGAGCGCCUGGAGGUGCUGGAUUCCCUGGAAGUACUGGAACCCCUGGAGUUCCUGGAACUGCAGGAACACCUGGAACCCCUGGAGCACCUGGAGGUGCUGGAUUCCCUGGAAGUGCUGGAACCCCUGGAGUUCCUGGAGCUGCAGGAACACCUGGAGGUGCUGGAUUAGCUGGAAGUGCUGGAACACCUGGAGUCCCUGGAGGUGCUGGAACACCUGGAGUCCCUGGAGGUGCUGGAACACCUGGAGUACCUGGAAGUGCAGGAACACCUGGAACCCCUGGAGCACCUGGAGGUGCUGGAUUCCCUGGAAGUGCUGGAACCCCUGGAGUUGCUGGAAGUGUUGGAACCCCUGGAGUACCUGGAGGUGCAGGAACACCUGGAACCCCUGGAGCAUCUGGAAGUGCUGGAUUCCCUGGAAGUGCUGGAACCCCUGGAGUUCCUGGAGGUCCUGGAGGAACGGGUGUUACCAGUGUUACUCCGCCACCCUUCGCUCUCUUGUGUUACCACGACAAUAAGUACCGUCGCCACCCGCUCUACUGCAACAACUACUACUAUUGCAUCUGGGAUGGCCUCAACUGGAACAUCCCUAUCUUUACUUGUCCGGCAAAUCUUAUCUUCGAUGAGGAAACUCAGCAGUGUUCCUACUCUGACGAUACAACAAAAUGUAGCGGGAACCUCGCCCAGUAUCCGACACCCCAGGUUACGCCAGUACAGGGAACUGCUAGCACAGGCACCACAGGAACUGCGACUGCGGUGGCUACGUCAGUAGGGGGACCUGCGACUUCAGUGGCUACGUCAAUAGAGGGAGUUGCGACUUCGGUGGCCACAUCGGUAGAAGGAGUUGGGACUUCGGUGACCACAUCUUCCUCCUCCGAGAGCACGCCCAUCCAGAACACGACAGAUUCACCUAUCGAGGCGACCACAGAAGUCAUAGUCCAGACUACAACAGAGAAAAUUUGGGAGCUGGAUGAAUCGAGCCAGUUCGACUGCCCAGCACCCGGCUAUUAUCCCUUCGAAGGAGACUGCGUUCGCUUUUACAGGUGCUUCGAGACGCUGAACGGCAAACUUAAAGGUCUCCGCUACAAGUGUCCAACAGGCUACGGCUACUCUGAAACGCUACAGAGAUGUAAGUUGCAAGCAGAUCUUCCGCCCUGCAUGAAGAAGCUGCAAGCGGCCCACUUGCGCUUAUCAGGAGCCAUCCGUCUCACGAUCGCCGAUUUGAAUCGCUUCUUCGGCGAUGAGUAAGGAGCCCCACUCUCAAGAUGGUCGACGCUUCACUGUGGAAGAACUUAACUUUUCUGUGAUGCUCUGAAUGCUAAAUACUGCAGGAGGGAGGGUAGUCGCCAGCUAGGGGCUUGUGGGUGUAACUGAUGGCAUUAUAAGGACAUUUUUAGUGGCUCUCGUCACUACACUCACAUGUUGCGCCUUUGGUAUCAAUAAGAUAUACAAAGGUGUUUUAGACUUUUUUAUUAAAAAAUAAUUGGAAAUAGGAGUUCGACGACGCCCUAAAGAUGAUCCACUCAUUCCCAUACUUGAUGAUCUCCUGGAGUUAUUUUAUAUUCAGACACUUUGUGAAUACACGUCCUCGUUCUUAGCGUAAUUAACAAGCCUUCGUCUUUGGCACUGAGGUCCUACGUUGGUACCUGAUUGUUUCGAUUCAGAUUUGUAAACAAUUAAGACGUCAUUCACAGUAAAAAUAUGUUGUCUGGCGUCCUAUUUUCUGUAAUAAACAGCAAGUAUCAAUCAUUAAGUGCUUUGUAUAUAUAGCUUUAAACAUACAUCUCCUCAGUUACUAUUGUCCGGAUUUACAUAUAUUUGAUCGUCAAACUUGCUGCUACCAUACCAUAACACUGGCACUUACGUUCCAUGACCCUUCAUAAGAAAGAUAAAUUGCGUUGAACGCUUAUGCACAUUACAGGGAAACAUAGUGAAGCAUUUAUCUAUGUCAGUGUUGUUGCAAUACAGACCCUAGUGCUUGUCUCCCUCCCUUGUACAUGGAGAGAAAUUUACCUGCUGUUCACGACAGACCAGGAGGUGGAUAUUCUUGUAUAGUGAAUCUUCACUCCUAGUGCUCAAAGAUUUGAAAUAGAAUCUAUAUUAGGAUUUGCAUUGUAACUCUUCAUUUGUAACAUUUUCUCGUUCAGAUCUGCUCGAAACUGAUUUAAUACACUAACAUGUAUACGCUUUAAACAGGACGUCUCUACUAAAGUUUUAUAUAAAGAUCUUAUAUACUAAGAGAAAUGAGAAAAUUGUAUAUCUUGUGGUUUGUAAACGGGAGAGUUUUACACAAAAACUGAUAACUGGAUUAUAGGUGGUCUCGUUGCUUCAAAAUGUCAACACAAUCAGCACAACCAAAACACAACCGGCAGACUCACAAUACAAUCACAACACAACUACAACACAACGAGCACAAGCACAGUACAACCACAAUAAGCAACCACAAAGAUAAGCGCCACACUCUCAAUGCCACACCCAUCAUACCAGCUACAAUCACCACUAUAACCAACACCACUACACCACACCCCAUCAACCAACCAACACGCCCCCAACCACUUUCAAAAAGCAACAAUAGCAACAACAAACAUUAACCACGAGAAUUAACCCAUCGUUAGCCAGUCAUCGGGUUCCUCCGAGAAGACAGAGGCCAGAUCUCCGCCACAACCACACAUAUUCAUCGCUAACUACACUACUACCUUAUACAUCCCUAUGUUCCCAGUUAUUGUAAUUGUUGUUGCACAGUUUAUCAGCCUGCCGUAUUUUGUUCCUGUAUUUCUUGUUCCUUCCUUCUGUCUCCUUCCUUAUGUUUCUUCCCGUUUCUUAUCUCUUCUUUGUCUGCAGUGUUGUCCGUUCAUUCUGUAGCUCCUUCCUUCUGUAUCACACAUUCCUUUCGUGUCUCAUGAUCAUUUCUCACCUUUCCUCACUCCUUUGAUCUGCCUGACACUAGUUAGCUCAGUAACUUAAGGCAUGAAGUGGGCAUUUAGCGCAUUUAAUGUGUUCACUGCAUCGGCAUUAUCGCUUGAGCAUUCCUGGUCGGUCCUCGAUUUUUCCUGUUAAAUUUUUGUCUGUGAUAUUGGAAGAUUAAACUUGAGUCGCAGUCUCAAACAUCCUACAUUUGCCAGAUUUAACGAAACCAUGUUCGUACUUUUCUUUCGUUUAAUUAAAUACGAAACUAAAUUAAAUUUGUCCAAAGAUAUACAUUUUUUUAUCAGAGAGACGAGAGGAACACUCGAGCUGAAGUAAACGUAUGUGCCAAACAGUAAUCUAUUUUGCCUUUAAUUCUGUUAUUUAUUUCUAAUUUAUUCUAUUUAAAUAUGUAUAUAUGAUUUGUUGUGCUUGCCGCCCAUUUACUGUUCAACGACAACGGUGCGUUAAUUAGGAAUAAAAGAAUUCACAAUUAG